AUGUCUUCUCUGGUACGGCCUCACAUAGAGGUUUUCGAAGAGGAGCACGCCCAGCACCAUGAGAAAGCCAACGGGAAUGGUGACGUACACUUUAGGCGACCGCCAGCGAAUGCCUGCCUCUGUGAGACCGCAGAUAAUGAGCAGCAGGCCUCCGACAAGGAGGAUGGCGCCGCCGUAGUUGAGGUACUUGGAGCUGAGCAGCUCGUGUUCUUUAGUUCUCUCAACGGGGACGACAAUGAAGAAGAGCACGAUGGAGGUGACGAAACUGAUGGCGAACGAGAAAUAGAAAAAGGCGCGGUAGCCAAUGCUGGUGAGCGAGAACGCGCCACCCAGCACGACUCCGAGCCCGACCGAUGCGGACAGAGCCAGCAUCAGAUAGUUGAUAGCGGUGGCGAGCUUGGGGCCCUGGAAGUAGUUGCCGCAAAUGCCCACGGCGCUGGGGAUGAGCGAAGCUCCGGCGAUGCCCUGGAGCGCACGGAACACAAUGAGCGGGAUGAUGCUGCUGGUGAUGACUGCGCAAAUGAGGGUCAUGAUGGACAUCACAAACAGCCCAAUCGUGAACACCUUGUGCAAGCCAUGGAUGUCGCCCAACUUGCCAAAGAGCAGGAUAAACGCGCCAAGCGUGAGGGCGUAGGCAGAAACCACCCAGGUGGAGUCGGCGGAGUUGGCUCCCAGCUCUUUCUGCAGACUCUCAGUCAUGCUGAACCCGGCGGCAACAUUGAGGUUGUCCAUGGCGGUGCCCAGCAGGAUGAAGCCGUAUGCAAGCUUCUUGGACCGGUACUUGUCAUCGACGAGGUUGCGCACUCUGAGCAGCGACGCGGUAGCAGAGCUAAGGAACUUCAUUGCGGAUUCUCAGAAAAAUUCGCGGCUCUUAUAUAG